GGCUAUUCUAGUAUUACAAGUAGUCUAUAGCUAAUUUCACGGCACAUCACCAAGAAAACCCGAAUGCCUGGGUUUAAAACACUGUAACUUGACGACAUUCAGAGCUUGGAGUAACAUUACUGGAUCGUAGCACGUCUAUAUUUUUAUUGAAGGGACGAAAACUCUCCGACAAAUAACGGGACUUCAGCUCAACCAAGCCCUUUCUAGGAGGUGCUGCUGUGAUCGGCACUCGUUAUGCAUGUCGGAUUGGCCGGUUAGGGUAGGGAGUACUUUGAAUCCUUACCUUAUCCAUGAUUCUCUUUCUACCUCACAUGAGGCGUUCACAUGUAAGUAGUCACCAGCAAGUUUGUCCGACUACGAAAUGCUGUCCUUGGUAAAGAUCUGCUAUCAUGAAGGCUCUCAUAGUAUUGCAUUCAACAUCUAACAACAUCACGCUUCUUGCCAAAAGAUUGCGAUGAGUAUUAUAAAAGGAAGAUGCUUCUCCCUUCAAUCGGCUAUCUUUACUCUCACCAUCCCACACUUAGAGCUUCACCAUCAAGCACUACUCGCUUCAGAUAACGCCGCAAGAUCAACCCUAGACCCAUCACAUCUAUCUAUCCUUCAAAAUGCGUACUGCCACCGCUCUAGCCUUACUGCCUCUGGCACUUGCUGCGCCUUCGAAGCGAGAUACCCCCGCGCUGGUUAUCAAGCCCCGAGGCGCCCAGCUUGUCGAUGGCAAGUACAUUGUCAAGAUGAAGGCUGGCACGAAGGCCGAGUCUAUCCAGAGCUCUAUCCAGUCUGUCGCCAGCGACGCCGACUUCGUUUACAACACCGACAAGUUCAAGGGUUUCGCUUCUAGCCUUUCCGAGGAAGAGCUCGAGGCUCUCAGGAACAACGCCGAUGUUGACUACAUCGAGCAGGAUGCCAUUGUCACUAUCAAGGCCACCCAGGAGAACGCCGACUGGGGUCUAGCACGUCUCUCAAGCUCCGAGCCUGGCAGCACUACCUACACCUACGACGAUAGUGCUGGUGAGGGUACCUGCGCCUAUAUCAUCGACACUGGUAUCGAAGUCGACCACGAGGAAUUUGAGGGCCGCGCUAAGUUCCUCAACAACUUCGCUGACGACGAUGACACUGACGGCAACGGCCAUGGUACUCACGUUGCAGGCACCAUCGGCUCAAAAACCUAUGGAGUUGCUAAGAAGACAUCUCUCUUCGCCGUCAAGGUCCUUGACGCCAGUGGUUCGGGCACCAACUCCGGUGUCAUCGCCGGUAUGGACUUCGUUACAAAGGACGCCGCUGGCCAGACCUGCCCCAAGGGUGUCGUCGUCAACAUGUCCCUCGGAGGUUCCUCCUCCAGCGCCGUGAACGAGGCGGCCGCCAGCAUCGUCGAUGCCGGUCUGUUCCUUGCCGUUGCCGCUGGUAACGAGGCCACCGACGCUUCUUCUUCUUCCCCUGCCUCGGAGAAAACCGCCUGCACCGUCGGUGCCACCACCAAGGACGACGAGCUUGCCGAGUACUCCAACUUCGGCAGCCUUGUUGACAUCCUUGCCCCUGGAACUGACAUCGAGUCUACCUGGAUUGGUGGAACCACCAACGUCAUCUCCGGAACCUCGAUGGCCUCUCCCCACAUUGCUGGCCUCGGUGCCUACUACUUGGGACUCGACGCUUCCCCCGUCGACUCUCUCUGCGACUACAUCGCCAAGAGCGCUCUCUCUGACGCUAUCUCCGGUGUUCCUAGCGACACUGCCAACCUUCUGGCUCACAACGGCGAGUCUUAAAUGAUAGAAGUCGAGGAUGGGAUUGAUUGUAUCUUAGCUAUACCCGGUGGAGAUUUUGUAUAUCAUUAACCAUCUAGUGAGACUUGUAGGGUGAAUGCCUUCUUAUAUAUGUAUAUAGUUGGGACUGUCAAGGGAUCGGGGAUCAGGAAUCGGGAACUGGGGGAUUCUUCAGUUAAGUCGAACCACCCUUACUGGGGCCACCCAUUUCCCAUACAAAAUCAACGAUUUUGCAUAU